AUGAAGUCAGUCUUUGAAAUGAGGAAAAGUCUGAGAGCUUCGUCUCCGGAACCCAGCUGUGCGUCUCUGAAGAGCAAUCAAUCCAUAAAUCCUCCUCCUACAUUCAGUCAUGAAUCAGUGACCUCUGACCUCAGGAGGGGGAGUCAGAGAGCAGCAUCACCAGCACCCAGCUGUGUGUCUCUGAAGAGCAAUCAAUCCAUAAAUCUUCCUCCUAUAUUCAGUGAUGCAGCAGUGACCUCUGACCCCAGAGAUGAUCAGACUGGAACCCAGGAUUCUCCUCAACCAGUGAAUGAUGAACUACAGAGAGUCAAAGACCAGCACAAAACCAGCAUGAGGAGCAAGUAUGAGAGAUUAUUUGAGGGACUGAAACUCCAGGAGAAGGAAACCCUCCUGAACAGGAUCUACACACAGCUCUACAUCAUAGAGGGAGAGAGUGAAGGAGUGAAUGAAGAACAUGAGGUUUUACAGAUGGAGAAAACACAAUUUCUUGCUUCUUUCUAUGUGUUUUACUGCUAUUUAACAGAGAACAUGGAGUCACUGCAUUUUCUUCUGUAUGAAUUCAGAUUUUACAGGUUUGAAGACUCUCUGUAUGAUUUACUAACAUCAGCAAUAGUUAAAGCUCUCAAGAGUGAAAAUGGACAGUUGGAUAUGUUCCUGCGGUUCCUGCUGGGCGUCUCACUGGAGUCCAAUCAGAGACUCUUACAGGAUCUACUGACACACACAGAGAACAGCUCAGAGAGCAUCAGGAGAACCACACAGUACAUUAAAGAGAAGAUCAAAGAUCCAAAUGGUUUCCAUAAUCUCUCAGCUGGUCAGUCCAUCAAUCUGUUCCUCUGUCUGCUGGAAGUGAAAGAUCAGACUCUGUCCAGAGAGAUUCAGGAGUUUGUGAAAUCAGACAAACACUCAGAGAAGAAACUCUCUCCUGCUCACUGCUCAACAAUCGCUUACAUGCUUCAGAUGUCAGAGGAGCCGCUGGAUGAGCUGAACCUCAAGAAAUACAACACAUCAGAUAAGGGGAGAAGAAGACUGAUACCAGCUGUGAUCAACUGCAGAAAAGCUCUUCUUGCUGGCUGUAAUCUCACUGCUCAGUGUUGUGAGAGUUUGUUAUCAGCUCUUCAAUCCUCAAACUCUGUCCUGAGAGAGCUGGAUCUGAGUAACAAUGACCUGCAGGAUUCAGGAGUGAAGCUGCUCUCUGAUGGACUGAAGAUUCCAAACUGUCAGAUGCAGAUACUGAGAGACCAAAGCCCUGGCCGAGGAUACAGAAUCUGCCCCCCUGCCUGUGACAGCAGGUCCUUCCACAGGGAAAGACACCAUGGCGUCCCUGACAGUAACGCCAUGAUGCCCAUGAACCACGUCUUUGCUGGCCAGCAAGGUGCCACCAGAAUCAGCGACAGACCCUCCUGA